UUGGUUAUUUGUUUUAUUUGUUUAGUUUGAUAAUUUACUCCAUUGGUGACCUUAAGAUUUUCUAACGAAUUUAUUUCAGUGUGAAAUUUUUGUUAAAAGCUCGUUGAGAGUUUAAGCAUUUUUCCAAUUCACUUUCUCUUGAAAAAUGAACACAACAAACAAGCGUCCACAUUCUCCCAGUUUAAACAACUUGGGUAAUCAAUUUUCACCAUCACAAGCACCUUCGGCCAAGCGCCAACAAUUACUCGACACAAUUUCGAAUUUAAAUUUCAAUGAAUUACUUACUCCCCCAUCUGACCCAUUAAUUCCCGAUUUUGCUAAAACAAUUAUUAGUCAACAACAACAGAUAAUUAAACAACUAUCUGGUUUGUUGCAAGUCGCUUCGGAAAUUUUGACUGAUCAAACAACAAAUAAUAUUGAUUUUUCUUCUGCUUUUGAGCAGCGACAACGUGAACAUUUAUUAGUACUAACUGGCCUUCCAGAAAGUACUGAUACUCAACCUAUGGCUAGGGCUGAAAGUGACAGCAAAGUCGUUCACCAAAUAUUUCGAGAACGUGACAUUCUUCGCCUUCUUUCAACCCCCGAACAUUCACAUCCCUUCAUUACCCGCCUUUACUGCACUUUUCAAGAUUCUGAUUGUCUCUAUUUUGUGUUAACUUUGGCGGAGAAAAAAGAUUUGUUGGCAAGGUUAAAAGCGUCUGGUGGGUGUUUAGACUUGGAAAAGACUCGUUUUGUGAUGGCUGAACUUUGUUUAGCUUUGUUACACAUUCAUGAGUUAAAUGUUGUACACAGAGAUGUUAAACCUGAAAAUAUUUUGCUUCGUAAAAAUGGCCAUAUUCUCCUCUCUGAUUUUGGUUGUGCUAAAUUAAUUGAUGAAUCUGCCAAUUUAAACGAAAAUAACAAUAUUAAUACAAAUAAAGAUGUAGAAGAAUCACAACAAUCGCCCGAAGAAAGGAGGCGAAGUAAAGAGAAAAGGCGUUGUUCUUUUGUUGGAACUGCUCAAUACGUCAGUCCUGAGAUGCUUAAUGGAGAGCUGUCAACUCCAGCUUGUGAUUGGUGGUCUUUUGGAAUAAUUUUAUUCGAAUUAUUAUCUGGUCAACGCCCAUUUAAUGGAGAAACAGAAUUUCUUUUAUUUCAACAAAUAUUAAAAUUAAAUUAUAAAUUUCCUUCAAAUUUCCCUUCAAAAGAAGCAAAAUAUUUAAUUGAACAAAUAUUAAUUUUAAAUAAAAAUAAAAGAAUGAAUGGACUGGAAAUUAAAGAAAAUGAAUUUUUUAAAGAAAUUAAUUGGGAAAUUUUGACUAAAUUUAAAUCGCCUUUAUUUGAUGUAAAUGAAGAUUAA